AUGUUUUUAGAAAGGUUGGAAGCUAAAACAAGAGAUUCAUUGCCUCCUGAGGUAAUAUCUAAAAGUGUGGAUAGAUUCAAGGAGAUAAAAAGCCAUGGAGAUAGAAAGGAAGUGUCGGCAUUUCUUGGGAAGGAAAACUCUGGUGCUUCUAUUCUUCUUAGCCAUCCAGAUCUAUUGGAUGAGGACGAGCUGAUAGACCUUCUUUUUUGCUCAGACAUUUAUUCAAGAUACAAGAGUGCAGAGAUGCUGACCAAGCUCUAUGAAAAUAAGAGUCAUAGGAAAGAGUACUUCUCGUUCUUCAAACAGAUGCUGAAAGACAGUACUUCAUAUGACGAAAGUAACUAUCUUCUUUCCUUGUUAAUUGACUUUUUAUCCUGUAAGUCAAAUUCAAAUUUUGAUGUUGAGAAGAGGAAAGUGGCACUUGUGACAAACAAAAUGUUUAUGGAGAUUUUACAUACAUCUGUGUUUGUUAAGGAGGUUCAGUACAACACAUUGAUGGUUAUUCUUAUAUUCUCUUACAGUACAGAAUGUGUUGGUAAGAUGGGCACUUUGAUUGAUGACGUUGUUAUUAUUGUGAAAGAAAAAGCAAGAGAAAAGAUUCUGAGAGUAUGCUAUGGAAUAAUUGCCAACGUCCUCGAGAGUGGUUAUGUCUUUUCACCAGGGAGGCUGAAUGAUAUUUCGAAAUGUACAGACCUUCUUUUAGAAGGUGGAUACGGUGACGAGGAACUCGAGCAAGAUCUUAAGAAAGUCCGCGCCAGAAUAGCGCAAAAUGCAAAGAGAUUUUGCUUACGUAACUACCUUAACGAGCUGUUCUCUGGAAGAUUCGAAGAUUCCGAGUAUCAUCACAAAGAAGAUUUUUGGAACAAUAAUCUAGAUAUGCUAAUGAAGAACAAAGUUGAAAUAGUUAAGGUGCUUAAGAAGUACUUAAAGUCUAGUAAUCCCUCAUGGGUGUGCCUUGCAUGUAGCGAUAUAUUUCAGUUAGUAAAGGUGUUGCCGGAGAUUAAUGCAGUUUUGAAUAAGUACCAGGUCAAGGAAGUACUCUUUAACUUAAUCAAUAGUGACAAUGAUGACAUAAGAUUUCAUGCAAUACAGACACUAUAUACAUGUAUUUCUUCUGAGUGGAGCUAA